AUGGACUUCUCUAAUAUCUUUCGACUUGUGAACAUCGCGGUGGGUGUGAUCAUGGUGCUGGGCGGUAUCAGCCAGUUCUUCCCGCCGUCCAUGAGCUCCAUCGUUGUGGGCGCGUACGUCAUUGUUUUUGGUCUGGUUGUUGCCGGUCUGGAGUUCCUGCCGAAUGUCCCUGACUAUGCUUACCGCUACGCUUCGUUCCUCUUCUCUUUCCUCGGCCGUGGUAUCUUCUACAUCUUCGUCGGCUGCAUCCUGCUGCACGAUCACAUCCUGCGCGAGAUUGCCGCCGGCAUUGUCGGCGUCACCGGUAUUGGUUACCUCGUCCUCGAGUUCAUUCCCUCCAUCGAGCCCCCCUCCAACAUGCGCGAGUCCGAUCAAGGCUGGGGUGCCGAGCAGGUUUAA